AGCAUUUAAAAUUUUUACUUCAUAAAGAAUUAUUAUGUAUAGACAUAUUGAGUAUGGUAGUCAUAUAAGUUCAUAAAUAUAAUCAUGAAUCCUAUGACAAAUGUUAAGAAUAUCGCUAAAUUAGGCCAACAGGAACUAGGUUCUGAUAAAAAAUCGUCGUGGCACGAUGAUUAUAAAGAAAGUGCUUGGAUUUUCAUAGGUGGUUUACCGUAUGACUUGACAGAAGGCGAUGUCAUUGCAAUAUUUUCACAAUAUGGAGAAGUAGUCAAUAUUAAUUUAGUUAGAGACAAGGAUACAGGGAAACAGAAGGGAUAUGGCUUUUUAUGUUACGAAGAUCAACGUAGUACAAUUCUUGCGGUGGAUAAUUUAAAUGGCAUUAAGAUUUUAGGUAGAACCAUUAGAGUCGAUCAUGUUAAAGACUAUAAAGCUCCAAAAAUUUCAAAGCAUAUCGAUAAUGAAACAAAACAAUUAAGGCUAGAAGGAUGUGCACCAAAAAUCUAAUUAAUUGUAUGAAUAAUAUAAGAAGCGGUAUAAAACGAUUAAAAAUGUAACAUAUUUAAUAAAAAUUGUGCGUAUUUAAAUUCUACCCUUUGGGACAGAAAACUUGGAUGCAACCUAUGCAAGGGAUACAUUUAAGUACAAGAAAGCAGGUAAAAUUAUUAUUGUUAUAUGUUUGUUUGAAAUUAACGUGCUUUGGUAAUGACAAAA